AUGCAGCCACCAUUCCCAGCUCCGGUCGCUGAAUGGCAUAAUAACACUUACGACGCUAUCAAUCCAACACGGCCCGAGAUGUCCCAAGCUAGCAGGACCAUCGUGAUCACAGCCCAUGUUCCCGAUAUCGUAGAUACACCUGCAGUUGACAAAGCUGCCCAAAAGAUUGGAUCUUGGGAUGUCAUUAUUGCCAGUGCAGGCUAUAUCCCGAACCUUGCUCCCAUUGACAAUAGCGACGCUGACGAAUGGAGGAAGACCUUUGAGAUUAACGUCAAAGGCAGCUAUGUGCUUACCCGUGCAUUUCUUCCAUACAAGAAAGCUGGCGGCACCAUCAUUGCUUCCUUGAGUGGCUUUGCAUUCUUUCCUCCAUCCCUGCCUAUUCUCUCCGGCUCUGGAUCGACUUUUGGACGGAGAAACCUCGAUCAUUAA